ACACUGAGCUUACUAUAAAAGAAACACACAUCCGUAGUAGGAAGCAUUUGCUCCUCAACCACUCGAAUUGUGCUGUUCUUCACACACAGAGGAGAGCAAUGAGGGGCUUCAUUAUGCUGAGCUGGUGCAUGCUCGCGUUGCUUCUCCCCUCACUCGGUGCUGCAGGUCCUGUGCUCAUCCUGCCUCAGGACUGUCAGGAACUCUACAGGAGCGGGGUUACUUCAAAUGGAGUGUACACCAUCUACCCCUCACCCUCCACCCCUGUUGAUGUGUACUGUGAGAUAAGCUGCACUGAUGAUUGUGAUGCAGUUGCAGGAUGGACAGUUAUUCAGAGACGAAUGGAUGGCAGUGUUGGUUUUUACAGGAACUGGGAGACGUACAAGAAUGGCUUUGGGAACAAGAGUGGAGAAUACUGGCUGGGUUUGGACAACCUGCACCUGAUGACCAACAACAAGCUGUAUGAGCUGCGAAUUGACCUGGAGGACUUCGAUGGACUGAAAUCAUCUGCUGUCUACACAACUUUCAUUGUGGGCCCAGAAUCCAACAGCUAUACCCUUCAAAUUGGUGGCUUUAUAAACCAUGGAGCAGGUGAUUCUCUCUCCUAUCAUAAUGGACAGAAAUUCUCUACCUACGACAAUGAAAAUAAUAAUUAUGGCUAUUACUGUGGUACAAAUUACUUCUCAGGAUUUUGGUUUAAUGGCUGCUUCUAUGGAAACCCCAAUGGCUUAUAUCUAGGGAGACCAUACAGUUAUUCCCCUUACUAUUACUAUUAUUAUUAUUACUACUAUUACCCUGGCAUCGUGUGGGGCUCUUGGAGAGGCUGGAACUACUCCCUUAAGGGAGUCACUAUGAAAAUCAGGCCUUUCCCUCAUCCUCCGAGAGUAAACUCAUGGCAAUAUUCAUCUCCCUAUUAUUAUUAAAACAACACUGUCAGCUGUUAUUUCUUGUUCAUCAAAGUGAUUCUGUUUGAACAUGUAUUUCUUUAAUCAAGAGCAUUACGAACAAAAUAAAUGAUAAAUUUCUGUUUUUCUCUGUUCAAGUUUGGAAAAAAAUAUCUAUCUGGUGGAUGUUAUAAAACUUUUUUAAACAUGCAAUUAAAUGUAUUAAGCAGA